AUGGCGGUGGGAUCGGUGUUACUCUUGCUUCUUCUUAUCUGCAACUUCAAUGGCGAAUUGAAUGCUCUGAACGAGGAAGGGCAUGCUCUUUUGACUCUAAAGCAAUCUAUUUCCAAAGAUCCAGAUGGGUCUUUAAGCAAUUGGAACUCCGAGAAUCAAAACCCUUGUUCUUGGAACGGAGUCGCUUGUGAUGAUAAGAAGCUUGUUGUCUCUCUUAGCAUCCCCAAGAAGAAUCUUGUAGGUCAUCUUCCUUCCUCUCUGGGCUUGCUCUCUAAUCUCCGCCAUUUGAAUUUGAGAAGCAAUGAGCUUAGUGGGAGCUUGCCUGUUGAGCUCUUUCAGGCUCUACGGCUUCAAAGUUUGGUUCUUUAUGGGAAUUCCUUAUCUGGGUCUAUUCCAAAUGAGAUUGGCGGCCUCAAAUUUCUGCAAAUUUUGGAUUUUUCGCGUAAUUCUCUGAAUGGGUCGAUCCCAGAAUCGGUUUUGCAGUGUAAGAGGCUUAGGAACUUGGAUUUGAGCGAGAAUAAUCUCACUGGUUCUGUACCUAGUGGAUUUGGCCACGCUUUUGGUUCUUUACAGAAGCUUGACCUUUCUUUCAACAACCUCAAUGGCCUCAUUCCUGACGAUUUGGGCAAUUUGACUAGAUUGCAAGGUACUCUUGAUUUGUCUCAUAAUUCGUUUAGCGGCUCCAUCCCGGCUAGCCUGGGGAACUUGCCUGAGAAAGUCUAUGUGGAUUUAGCUCACAACAACUUGAGUGGACCAAUCCCACAAACCGGUGCUCUGGUUAACAGAGGACCAACUGCGUUCUUGGGGAAUCCGAGGCUGUGUGGCCCUCCAUUGAAAGAUCCUUGUUUGCCAAAUACAGAAACUUCUCCAACAUCUUCUCACCCUUUUGUACCCGAAAACCACGACAAUGGUGAAGGAGGGUCCAAGAAAAGAGGAGGUCUAAGUAAAACUGCUGUUGUUGCAAUUGUGGUCUGUGAUGCCAUUGGAAUCUGUAUUGUUGGAUUUCUCUUCUCUUGUUGCUACUUAAAGCUUUGCUCACGUCGUAAUAGCGUGGAUGAGGAAGGCUAUGUGCUGGAGAAAGAAGGGAAAGAGACGAAAGGUUCUUUCUGUUUCGGAAAAGAGGGAUCAGAGAGCCCUUCAUCGGAUAAUCUUGAGCCACAACAUGAUCUUGUUCUGUUGGAUAAACAUAUGGCUUUGGAUUUAGAUGAGCUGCUUAAGGCUUCAGCUUUCGUUCUUGGGAAAGGCGGGAAUGGGAUUGUGUAUAAAGUUGUUCUUGAAGACGGUCUAACCGUAGCUGUCAGGAGAUUGGGAGAAGGAGGAUCACAAAGAUGCAAGGAAUUCCAAACAGAAGUCGAAGCAAUUGGGAAGCUAAGGCAUCCGAAUAUCGUUAACCUUAAAGCUUAUUAUUGGUCAGUCGAGGAGAAGCUUCUCAUCUACGAUUACAUUCCUAACGGAAGUCUUGCCAAUGCACUCCACGGGAAUCCUGGUAUGGUGUCAUUUAAGCCCCUGUCUUGGGAAAUUCGGUUAAAGAUAAUGAGGGGAAUUGCGAGAGGGCUGGUGUAUCUUCACGAGUUUAGCCCCAAAAAGUAUGUUCAUGGAUCUCUGAAACUCAGCAAUAUAUUGCUGGGACAAGAUAUGGAGCCUCAUAUCUCGGAUUUUGGACUCAUGCACCUCUCUAGCAUCGCCGGAACAUUGGAAUCAGUCACAAUUGACCGAGCGUCCAACAAGAGCGCCUCAUCGAUUGGUCCAUCUACAAACUUGGGCUCAUUUUAUCAGGCUCCUGAAGUCAUGAAAGCAACAGUGAAGCCAUCACAGAAAUGGGAUGUAUACUCAUUCGGGGUGAUCUUGCUAGAGAUGAUAACGGGAAGAUUACCGAUUGUUUUUGUGGGUAAAUCAGAAAUGGAGAUAGUGAAAUGGAUACAGAUGUGUAUCGAUGAGAAGAAGGAGAUGUCAGACAUCUUAGAUCCCUAUCUGGUGCCUGAUGACACAGAGAUUGAAGAAGAGGUCAUCGCGGUGCUCAAGAUUGCAAUGGCCUGCGUUAGUAUUAUCCCCGAGAAACGCCCACCGAUGAAGCAUAUCGCCGAUGCUUUGAACCAGAUAUGCCUUCACUGA